UAAUACGAAGAUAAUGAAUGCUCGAGAAAUCAUCUGAUUCUGUUUCCAAGUGGGCAAGAUCUGCGUUAGUACACAAAUUUAAUUAGAGGGGUAGGAUAUAAUCGAUAAGGAGUGUUCGUUUAUGGGAUAAACAACAAAACAUUGUUAUUGCCAAUUUGAUGGUGUGAUGGCAGAAUUCGCAUAGUUAAAAAUCGAAUCACACCAUAUAGCAUUAUGGAAUUGCGAUAUUCCACAGCGGUUGUGCAUGGUGAUAAGAGGUGAGAUGGAAAUCGAAAUAUAAAUAAAUAUGUAUGUGGAAGAAAUAGGAGGAACAAACAAGUAGCGGGCGAACGUCGCGAGCAAAAAUUUUUCGAUUUAUAUAGGAGUGCGCAACCGUGGGCAAGUUUUAGUUGCGUAUUCGCGUCAGUCCGAGCAAGAGGUUCGGGCCUUGGUUUCACACGUAAAACAUACAUUGCAUAGCAUAGUCGAGCCCUAGCAGGUUCAGUUGGUAAAUUAAGUGAAGACCGGGAAGGAAGAACCAAAACGAAAGAUGCCGUCAGAGAAGACUGUCUACCUUCCGGACAAAAAUGUCGCAAAGAACGCGCACAUUUCCUCCUUCGCACAAUACAAGGAGAUGUACCAACAGUCCAUCGAUAAUCCAGAGGAAUUCUGGGGUGAAAUCGCCAAGCAGUUUCAUUGGGAGAACCCUAUCAACUACGACAAGUUUUUCACAUUUAACUUUGACGUGUGCAAAGGGCCGAUUUACACCAAGUGGCUCGAUGGAGCCACCACGAACAUUUCUUACAACUUGCUGGACAGGAAUAUCAGGAACGGUCACGGCGACAAAAUUGCAUUCUACUGGGAAGGAAAUCAUCCAGAUGACUACAGUCGUCUCACAUACAAGAAGCUCCUGGAGGAAGUAUGUCGAUUUGCCAAUGUGCUUAAGAGUAAAGGCAUCAAACGGGGCGAUCGUGUAGCCAUUUAUAUGCCCAUGAUCCUCGAAUCCGUCAUAGCCAUAUUGGCGUGUACGAGAAUCGGAGCAGUUCAUUCUUUGGUGUUCGCCGGUUUUUCUGCCGACUCAUUUUCCGAGCGAAUAAUUGAUUGCCAAGCACGGGCCCUCAUCACCGCCGAUGGUGUCUGGAGAGGAGAGAAAUAUCUCGCGUUGAAGAGUAUCUGCGACCAAGCGAUGGACAAGUGCGCGAAGAACGGACACAACGUCGAGGUGUGCUUCGUUGUAUCGCACUUGGAAAGGGUCACUGCCCCAUCGGGUGUUCAAAGUAACCAAAGCAAUAAGACGCCAAUGCAGGAUGGUCGUGAUAUCUGGUGGCACGACGUCGUUCCACAAGCUUCCACGAGCUGCUACCCUGAAUGGAUGCAAAGCGAGGAUCCCUUAUUCAUGCUUUACACCAGCGGUUCAACUGGAAAACCAAAGGGCGUCCUCCACACCACUGGAGGAUAUCUCUUGUAUGCCGCUACUACCUUCAAAUACGUCUUUGACUACAAACCAAAUGACGUUUACUGGUGCACCGCCGAUAUUGGCUGGAUCACCGGUCACACAUACGUUGUGUACGGACCUCUGGCAAAUGCCGCUACCUCAGUUUUGUACGAAGGAACUCCAUUCUAUCCACAAAACGACCGUUUCUGGGGUGUUGUCGAAAAGUACAAGGUCAACCAAUUUUACACGGCCCCGACCGCCAUCAGAGCGUUGAUGAAGUUCGAGGACAGUUUGGUCACAAGGCAUGAUCUAUCCUCCUUGAGAGUUCUCGGUUCUGUAGGAGAACCAAUCAACCCAGAAGCUUGGAUGUGGUAUUACAAAUUGGUCGGAGGAGAAAAAUGCUCGAUCGUGGAUACUUUCUGGCAAACCGAGACCGGCGGUCAUGUCCUUACUCCUUUGCCAGGUGCGACACCCAUGAAACCAGGAGCAGCUUCGUUCCCAUUCUUUGGUGUACAGCCAGUUUUAUUGGAUGAAUCCGGCAAGGAAAUUCAAGGCGAAGGAGAAGGAUAUUUGGUAUUCUCUCGCCCGUGGCCUGGAAUGAUGAGAUCGUUAUACAAUAACCACGAUCGCUACGAAACCACGUACUUCUCGAAAUUCCCAGGAUAUUACUGCACUGGUGACGGUGCGCGUCGCGAUGCCGAUGGAUACCUAUGGGUGACUGGAAGGGUUGAUGACAUGUUGAAUGUUUCUGGUCAUUUGAUGUCCACUGCUGAAGUGGAGUCCGUUCUUACGGAGCAUCGCGGCGUCUCGGAAGCUGCAGUAGUGGCGAAACCGCACCCCGUGAAGGGUGAAU